CCGAUCUUCAUAAAAACUUCUCAUUUUCAUUCUCAUUUUCUCUCUGCCCAAACAAACAAACAAUCACAAAGUCAUCAUGUCCUCCAACAAAUCAAAAAAGCCCCUCAAAACCAUUUUCAUGACCAAUGGGGUCUGUGGCUGCGCCAAACUGAAACUCUGUGACGUGUUGGAGCCAAUCCGAAAACCCAAAAUCCAGGUAAAAAAGAACACUAAGAAGUGCCUGCAUUAUUCGACGGCUACCAGCUCCUCCCACCAAACGAACGGUGUCGUUUCGAUUUUGUCCGAAUACGACAACGAGAACUCAUCAGCCACCACUACCACGACCACCCCUACUACUUCAACCACCGUCGAGAACACCUCGUCGUCGUUUUCCGAUCAACCUUCUUCAGUGGAGACUGAUGAUCCAGGCCAGAAGUCACGAAGCAAGAGAUUAAACGACACCUGCAUUGCUGUCGUUAAAGAGACGAGCGACCCUUACGAGGAUUUCAAGCAAUCAAUGAAGCAGAUGAUAGUGGAGAAGGAGAUUUACGCGAAUCAAGAUCUGCAGGAGCUUCUGAGCUGUUUUCUCGAGCUCAACUCUCCUUCCCACGGUGACGUCAUCGUCCGAGCCUUCACCGAGAUCUGGAACGACGUCGUUCCGAAGAAGCCAUCACUGCAGAAGCAUGACAUAACCGAGUCCGUAGAACAAGAUAUUCAAUCGUGAUCAUCGUCCUCGUCCUAUACCUGAUAUGCCACGUACGCACGGACGUGUGCUUUAAGUGAUGAACACGUGUGGCGCGUGCCAAACCCAUGUGUUGUCAUUGAAUUCGCACGUGCGAAGCGGGAAGAAGUGAAGGUGCAUGGGAAGGUGAUCUCGAUCGACUGGACCUAUUAUUGAUCGAUUGUCUCUGUAAGGUCAGACGUAUUAACUUAGCUAGCAAGUGGGCAUUUGAUAGAAGUGAGAUCAAGGAUCUCAAAAGACUUCUGUGGUGGAGAAAGUUAGUCCAUAUUUAUUUGGAGUGUCAAAUUUUAGUAUUUUUAUACACAUUUUUUUACUUAUAAUAUGGUUAUUAAUAUUUAUUUUAUUAAUUACCAUUAUUGAGAAAUUUUCAAUGUAUUUAUUUAUUUAUUAAAUUAGAUGGCAAUUAGCA